AUGGAAACCCCAAAGAUACCGGCUCCAAAAGACGAAGGAGAAAAGGAAGUCCUCGGGAAUCUGAUCGCUAUUCGCGACCAAUUACAACUGCGCAAACUCGAUCGGACAACCUACGUUCGAACACAAGAUGUAAUGGUCCUAUAUGACCAAACCAUUGAACAGGUUAAGAUCCUCAACGAGAUCAGAGCCGGGAAGCCGGUAGAAGAGAAUCGAGUGGACAGGGUUGUAGACAGUUGCUUCCAACUGCUAUCGCUAUUCUUCAUGACAAUCGGCCGAAACAACGAGGCUCCCGCAGCAUACGCGCUAACAUCGACUAUCAAACGACUUCUAGAUCAUUUAGCAGAAGCCAACCUAUACUCUGCCCAGGACCUCGAGAGUAUGUCUCAGACGCUUGAGCACCUAUCAGAAAUUGUACACAAUUCCGCUAGCACGAGGCCUGCGCCAUUCCUCGAGACCUUGAUCGCGCAACGGAUAGAGCGAUGUAGAGCAUCCCUAGCAACUCUACAGAAGAAGAUUGAGGAUAUUGCAGAGCCGUUAAGGCCAACAGCGGAUAAGCUCGUCUCUAUAAUGAGACAAAUGGCCGUGAUUAAUACUAAGUCUAAAUUCACACCGUCGGAAAUACAUAAGCGCGAGGCUGAAUUAGAGGAGAUUAGUAAGGGGCGAAAGGAUGGGCAGUUCGUUGACGCUGAUGGGAACAUCUUAAAAGGUAGCGAGGGUGUUUCCGCGUUAUUAGACAGGUGUUUGGCUUAUACUAAAAUCGUCCUCGAGAGGAACGGCCAGUUCCCAGACAAGUGGAAGCCAAUCUACGAUGUGCUCGUUGGCAUUAGAAAUGAACUUGACAAAUUAUCAUUAACUCAAGCCUGGUCCCUACGGGAGACGGAUUUGUAUGAUUAUCAGCGGCAACUGGAUAGAAUUGAUGAGAGUAGGGUGAAUGGAAAUUGGGUCGACGAUCAGGGACAACUGGCCGAACUCUAUGUCCAACGAACACUACUUUACCUAAUCCGAAGAAGUUACGGUUAUAUAUAUCACCUUAUGGUAUCAUCAGAACCAGUUUCCGAGGCUCUUCUACCGAUUUAUAACCAACUGCAAACCCUAAAGCGAUGCCUGGUCGAAGUGAAAAACAGUGGUGGUGUUACUUCGGCAAGGGAGCUAUACCCCUAUAGUAUGAAACUGCAUUCGAUUGACAAUAUGAGGGUUGACGGAAAAUUUAUGGUUGGCGAAGAUAUCCCGGAAGGUCAAGGUAGCGUCGCUGAGUUGCUCGCCGAGUGCUUCGACCUGAAUUAUGAGCUCCGGGUAGCUGCAGAGGCAGCAACAGAAUCACCAACGCCAGAACCACUUCCGCAACCGGCGGUAUAG